CACAUUUCGAUUUCCCUCAAAAUCUGAAUUAAAAGCCAACCUAAGAUGUUUUUUGACUAACAUUUGGCGAAAGCUAGCAUUACAAUCCGAUUGAAGCGGUUACAGCGUUUGUUGACUCCGACCGGCGCAAGAUGUCGACCAUCGGUCAUUUAUUGAUUCAAUGCGUUACUUGUUGUUGUUGGGUUCAUUAAUCAUGAUUUGCUUCUAGCACCCAUGGGUUCCCAACAAUUGAGUGCCAAUGACACCAACCACAGUCCAAUGACGGAUGUUGAUCCGGAAGCUCAUCUCGGCAGGGGGAAUGCAGUGGACAGGUCAAGACGUGUAUGGACACAACGUGAGGAGGAGAUUCUUAUGGCAACCAUGAAGGAGCUGGCUGCAGCUGGCUGGAAAUCGAAUAAUGGCUUCCGGGCUGGAUAUUUAACCCGAGUUGAAGAGGCACUUCGUCGCGAAUUCCCAAAGACCGACUUAUGCGUUCACCCUCAUAUCAAGUCUAAGAUCAGUUCUUGGAAGAGGAACUACUAUUCGCUCACAUUAAUCCUUGAUCGCAGUGGUGUGGGUUUUAAUGCCGAUGGUAACUACAAAAUAGAUAUCGAUGAUGAACAAUGGUCACAAGUUGUUCAGAAAGACAACAAUGCAAAAUACAUGAGGAACAAGUCUUGGCCCUUGUUGAACGAUUGGAAAGAGAUAUUCGGGAAGGACCGUGCGGAGGGAAUUCGGGCUAUUGAUACCGCUGAUGCGGUUCCCCGAAUUUAUGGCUCAAAGGUGCCUUUCAAUGAAGAUUCCGAUAAGUCUUCCCCAAUUACCUUAGAAGAACUAUACCCUGACCACAUCUUCCCUGCGGGUGUUAUACCGGAUAUGGUUGACGAGAGCACGUCGGUACCUGGAGCACCUGCACAACAUGUGCCACAGAAGAUUAACAAGAAAAGGAAGGUUGUUCAUUCAAUGGCCAAUAUAGACAAGAUUGACAGUGUCCUUACGUUGAUGACUCGCAUUCACGAAGACACACACGAUCGGUUGAAGGAAAUUUCAAGUCGAAUUGGGUAUGAGUUCGACCUUAGCUCGAAGAGAUCGGAGGUGUUCAAUCAAGUGAAAGGUAAGGUCGGCCUCACCAUAAAGCAGCAAUUUUAUGCAGUCAAAAAACUUGUGAAGGAGCCCGAGCUUAUGGAUCUUUUUCGGGGUCUGGAUGAGUUUGCUCGUCCAGCGUUUGUGCUUGAUCUUCUGGAAACUGAUCGGAUGCUAUAAAUUUCUUCAAGGGUUGAACGUUUUCUUUUUUGUCGUAUAGGGCCUAUGCAUUUUAUGUAGUAUGCCCCCUUAUACUUUUGCGGUUGUAGAUGAUGAACAUCGACCAAUUUCCCUAAUCAGUUAAUGAGCUUUUGUGGUUGUA